GAGGAAAGUCGGAGGUUGAACCAACAAAACUACUACUUGUCUGAUCUAGGAGCCGCUCAACGUAAUACGAAGGCAAUCAAUAGAUAUGGCAAAUGAGGAUCAAAAUUAUGCUAGAUGGUUGAGAGAGAGUGAGAGAGAAGAUACACAGCUGGUUCCAGAUUGUGAGGGUAAUACAAUAAGGUUACAUGAUUUGGGUAAUGGGGAAUACUAUCCAGGCUUCUCUAACAUUAAAGCCAGGCUAGAGAGAAUGAAGACAUUUAAAGCAAGGGAGGAUGACAUUUGGAUUAACAGUUUCACACGUUCCGGAAAUAACUGGCACCAGGAGAUUGUCACUAUGAUAUUACAGUCGUCUCCUAAGGCUACAUCAGCAAUGUUGAAGACCAACAACAGUUUUGAAACGUGGGACCUUGAACUGUUUGAUGCCAAACCAUCACCACGCACAAUCAAUGCACACCUCAUUCACUCUAGAAUACCUCCUGAUGUAUGGAUGAAGAAAUCAAAGAUCAUUUAUAUAAUGAGGAAUCCAAAAGAUGUUGCUGUGUCAAACUAUAACUGCGUUUUAGAUAUAGACUUCAUGUAUGGAUAUACUGGAACUUUCAAUGGAUUCAUCUCACUGUUUCUUGAGGGGAAAGUUGGGCGAGGGUCUUGGUUUUCUCAUGUUGGAGAUUGGUGGAAAAAGGAAAAAGAAAAUCCAAAUGUUCUUUUCCUGACAUACGAGCGGUCAAAAAGGGAUUUAGAGAGUACUGUGAGAAGAAUCAGUGAAUUUCUAGGCAGAGAUUUAACAGCUGAUGUCAUACAAAGUAUUGUAGACCAAUGUUGUUUCAAUGUGAUGAAAGAACAUAAAGGAUCAGUUGCUAAAGACAUUAUGCGAGAAGGCGCUCAUGGCUUUUACAGAAAAGGCGAAGUUGGUGACUGGAAAAACUGGUUCACGGUUGCUCAAAGUGAAAAGUUUGAUGCAGUCUAUCAAGAGAAAAUGAAGGAUGUCGAUGAUAUUCCAAUACAAUUUACAAUAUAAACGAAUGCCAGUACUUAGCCCAGAGGAUAAAAUAUAUCUAAUUCGGUUUUCCUGCUUUGUUUCAAAAAUCACCAAUGUUUAGAACGAACACAAUUCUUAUAUUAGUAUGAUGUCACUAACUAUGUUUUCCUUCCUUGUAAUUGUUUCCCUCCCUGGAAGUAAUGAUCAAAACUACAUUCCGUUCUAGCUUUUGGUUCUAGGGAAAUAUUAGGUUUUCAAUAAAGUCACAGUUGUAUAUUUAAAAUGACAGCAUAAUGUUCAUAAUGAUUCUAUUAUUUGUGAAAAAGGUGGAGGAGCCCAUCAGGGUUUACAUUGUAUUUGAAAAGACACUUUCUUUUGUAUCAUAUUCAAUUUAUCAAUACAAAGAACAAUGAAACGUAACAAAACAAAAGAAAACGUAUUUCUUUACUUUUGUUUGAAGUGAC